UAGUUUCGCAGUCUAUCCUUUAAUAAUAAAUAAGUUGCAAUUUUUUAAGAAGAAAAAGCAGGCUGUAAAUGAUAUUUGAUUUCUCGUGCCGUGAACCCAAGCUUUAAAAAUGUGAGUUAAAUUUCUAAAACGAAAACGUCAGCUUUUCACAGAAUGAAGUCAGCCGUAUUUGGUUGGAUCAUGCUCUGUUGUGUAUUUCCCCAAGGUUCAGAAUGCAUGAACAUCCAUGGAGGGCGACAUAUAAAAAUGAAAAAAGAGUGGAAAAAUAAGAAAAUGAUUUUCAAAACGGAAUUCCAAGCGAAAGGAAGUGUUACAGCCAGACCAGAAAUCGAAAGCAAAAACAUGGAAAAAAUGUUGGCCGGGAGAAUAGCACCCAGUAAACCUUUGACACAGAAAAGAUCAACAAGUUCUUCACAAGACUUAGACGGGGCAGCAAAGAUCAUUUCUCUUCCAGCAACUAGAAAAGAUGUUUUAGUGAGAAAUCCCCAAAAUGUCCACUUCGCUAAGAAAGUCGUAGUUGGUAGUCAGUUCCGAAAACUUUUAAAAAAACUGUACCAAAAUCAUUCGAAAGAUGUUCAGGCUAUCAAAAGAAAACUAACUAGUGAACAACUCCAGUUGUUAGAAUCAAAAGAGGAAGGCGAGGACGAUAAAGCCGACAUAUACAGCAUCGAAGGUAAAUCAGAAGCUUCCAAAAAUAAAACAGUCGUCGAACUCCGAGCUGCAAUACUGAGGUUAUUGAACGAAGUUGCAAAAAAGGCUAAAUCAGCCCACAACGCUGAACAAAGAUAUAAACAAGACGAAUCAUCGAGACACCCUUUUAGAAGAAAAAAAUUCGGCCAGACUUUAAAGACAGAGAUAGAAGAAAGUUAUGAUCAUAGCAGAAGCCCAUCUUCCAUAGCUAAAGGAGAGGAUCUCUCUGCAAAGCGCGCAAACUAUUUGGAUCUUCUUAACUUCAUCACACGAAUGAAAAGCACGGACAUUGGAAAAGAUGUUGAUUUGUACAACACUGAUAGUAUGCAGAGUUCGAGUAUGAUGGUAAACAGUGGCAUGAAUAAAAUGCUGAACUCAAGAGAUCUAAUGACACAAAUUCCUAACACAGGAAAUAGGCAACAAGUAAAGGAAGAAAAGGGAGUCUUGCCAGGAGAGGGAAUGCAAAUGCAGGAAUUAAAUCUUGCGAAACAAAGGUGGCUUCUUGAAGACCAGUUGGAAAAUCGCAUCGCUCAACUUCAGUCGAAAGCGCGAUUACCUGUGCCCCAACAAGAAUUUCCACAAAUACAAAAUUCUCAAAACAAUGACAUGACAGACUUUAUGCAACGUCUUCAGAAUGUGAUCACAACUCCUUCACUUGGGCCUAUACCCCUUUCAUAUCGAGGACCAGCCAUGUUUCAAAAGCCGUCAUUUCUUCCUCGUGUUAAUCAAUAUCUACCUUUUGCACGACCAUUCCCCGCCACCGAAACGCGGUUACCUUUCUAUCGACCAAUGAAUCCAAGACCUCCAUAUCCAAUGGAUGAUGAGGGAGAAGAUGAUAAUGAAGAUGACGAUGAUAAUUCCGACUAUGACAAUGAUGAACGAGAUGAGCCUCCACCACAUCAUUCGGACCGUGAGCACGAAGAUAGUUACAAUGCUGACGAAGAUGAAGGGGAGCAAAGAUACCCUGACAUAGACGAAAGAUAACACUUUCGUUUUUGUCAGCUUCUAUUGACGUUCUGUAUAUAGAUAAUGUCACAACUCUGUUAUUUCAUUUUAAUGUUAUUUCGUUUUAAGCUAGUCCGGUUACAACAAAUUUUGUAAAACCCCAGUAUGUGUGGAAGUCUUGAGAUCUGCUCUGCUCUAGGAAUGAUAAAUCUUAAUGUUUCAAUUAGUUCGAAGGGUUCCACCUAAAGCGUUUAGAUCUCGGUUUAUGUUUUUGUCAAAGAUGAUCAAGAUGGCCAAAACAAUAAUAGCCUACACUAUUGUGUGUCUCA